AUGCGAACAGCCCCGAAUGUGAUUAUCACAGGAACCCCUGGCGUUGGGAAAACUGUCCACUGCGAACAACUAGCGCAAGAUACCGGUCUGCGACAUCUGUCAAUCAAUCAGGUCGCAAAAGAUCGUGAUUGCUUCGAGACCUAUGACGAGGAGUUGAAAACUUGGAUUGUGGAUGAGGAUAAGCUACAAGAAAAUUUAGACGCAGAGAUUUUCGGUGUCCUAUUGGAAGAAGCCUGUGAAGCCUUCGACGAAGAAGUUGUGGUCGAGCUUAUGAGUGAAAAGGACGACGAUGUAGAGGGAAACUGCGAAAGAAUCUCAAGUUGGGUAUCCUCUUGGAAAAUCAACCAAAACCUCAACGCGAAUUGA